GAGCUUUGACGGGCGGAAAAGUUCCCCUGUUCUCAGGGAGCUUAUAUUCUAGGGGGAAACAGACAAUAAACCGACUUUAAACUGAGAACAUAAUAGUGGUAAUUGCAGCGAAGAAAAUCAAGUGAGGUGAGGAGCUCCUUUAGCCGAGGCCAAGCUUUGCGUCGACCUGCUGGUCCUCAGCCAGGAUGCCCAAGAUACUGUCCAGUGGGGUCUCCAAGAACAUGACUUGUAACAAGAACAGUCUGGAAUCCAUGAAUAACAGUUCUUCGAUCACUGAAGAAAGGCUGGAGAAACCAGCAAAGAAAGACAGAGGGUCUGUGAUCAGUCCCAAGGCUUCAGCUAAUCCUUUCCACCUAUCUGGGGAUGUGGAUUUCUUCUUGCUCAGAGAUCAGGAGCGGAAUGAGGCUCUCUCAGAGCGGGAGCAGAGGAAGACGCUGCGCGUGCACGAGAAGAUGACAUCCUCGGCACAGAGGGCGGCCCGGCUCAGCGGCCUGCGGCGGCAGCUGCGGCGUGAGGACAGGCGCGAGGACAGCCGCCGGGACCGCGAUGCCACCGCCUGGAAGCUCGCCGCCACCAAAGAAAAGAAGGUGGAGCCAGACAGCAUGAGCAGCUACAUCGAGCAGAAGCGACAGAUGUUCCUCAUCCAGUAUGCCCUGGAGAUGAAGCGGAGUGAGGUCCAUCGGCUGGAGGUGCUGGCCACCAAGGAGGAGGCCAGGCUGGAGCGAGCUGAGAAGUCCCUGGAGAGGGACUCCGCCUUGUUUGACAAGUUCCUCAGGGAGAAUGACCACAGCUCCAUGCAGGCCAUGACAGCGGCUGAGAAGGAGACCAAAGCCAGGAUGGAGAAGAUUAUUGAGAUCCGGGACCUCACUGUCCAGAUCAUGAAUAUCAAAAGUGAUAUCUCCAAAUUUGAAGACACACUGCAGCAUUACAAGAUCUACAAGGAUUUCCUGUACAAGCUGUCACCCAAGGAGUGGUUUGAAGAACAAGAGAAGAAGCGCUUGGCUCUUAGAAAGGCCAAGGAGGUUUCCAGGGCCCCCAAAGAAAGCAGUAUUUCCUCCAUGUCAGGGGACAAAGGACCAGCGAUCAAGGGCAAGAUGGGCUCCCCAUGGGCCAGAGAGGACCAGGGCACAAAGAAGCCCGCGAAGCUUCUGCAGGCGCUCCGGGUGGGGCACAUCCUGUCCAGCAUGAGCAUCUCCCACCACAGCAGCCAGGGCAGCCAGCCCAGCAUUCUGGAAUCUCAGCAGUCCAGCUCUGCUCUCCUGCCUGCACAAGAAGACCCUGACAGUGAUGAGGAGGAGCUACAGCUGUACUUCACCGAGCCCCAGCAGCUCCUGGAAGUCUUCACGCAGCUGGAGGAGCAGAACCUGUCACUGAUCCAGAACACGCAGGAGAUGGAGGAGACCUUGGAAGAGCUGAACCUCAGCCUGAAAAACACCCAGAUCCGCAUGGACAAGGAGGUCAACCAGCUGAAGCAGUGGAUCACCACGAUGAUGAUGUCCAUCACCAAGGAGGAGGACACUGCUGCUGAGCUGGAGCUCAAAGCUCGAGUCUUCCACUUCGGGGAGUACAAGGGCGAUCAGCAGGACAAGCUGCUGGACAGCCUGAACCACAAGGUGCUGGAUGUGUACCGGCACUGUGUGGGUGCCCAGCAGGACGCCAACCUGGGCACUGUGCAGAUGCUCACCAUCAUUGAACACCAGCUGGACGAGCUGAUCGAGAACCUGGAACAUGUGCCCCAGGCCAAGGUCGAGCAGGCCAGGGCAGCCAAGGAGAAGGAGAGGCGGAUGAGACUUCGGGAAGAGAAGGUCAUGAUGCAAAAGCUACUGCAGGAAGAGCGUCUGCAGCGGGCCCGGGCCCGUGCCCAGGCCCAGGUCAAGAAGAAGAGAGGCAGAAAACUGGUGUGCCGCUCCCGACCCCCGGCUCUCAAAUCGAGCGAGGAGUCUGAGCACACGCUGAUGGACAAAGACAAGGAAGAGGCGCUGUUUUUCUUCAUUUAA